AUGUUACCAGCUUCUAUUUCAUCAUCCAGUCACUUGGCCACGCCAGUGGUGACCGCAUCUGCGACGGCGUCUGGUCUUCUCGCAUCCAGUUCGUUAUCCGCUCUUGAACCAUUGAGCCAUCCGGCUUUGGAGACUACUUUCUCCGGAUUUCACCAAAAGCCCAUGAAACAUGAUGAUGUUGUCCCUAUUUCUGUAACUUGUCCUCAAAAGCCUCAUCAGCAAUUUCACAAUUAUACGCAUUCUGAUAAUUCUUCGAUCUGUGAAAGCACUCAGUGUCUACCAUUCAAUUGGACAUCGGGUUCACGUCUUGCUGGUUGCUGGCCGGCUCCUAGUUCGACGGGACGAAGCUUAGGUGAUUCUCCUGAUCGUCAGCUUCAUACGCCCCAUUCUGUCUCACCCGUCGGUUGUUCCAACUCAGCAGGGUCCGUUACUCGGCCGCCCCUAGCCAAAUGGCGCCGAGCGUGCAGUUUCUAUUUGCGCGGACAUUGCAAAAAAGAGGACUGCGAAUUCGCUCACGAUCUGAGCAAAGUGACAUGUAAAUUUUGGGAGGCAGGCGAAUGCUUCAAAGGGGACACUUGUCCCUUUUUGCAUGGUUAUCCCGUUGAGCAGAUUAAUGACUCCAAUGGAGGUUUCCCGCAACCAGAUACUUCCUCUGCUUGCUGGACAGCCUGUGUAUCGCCUGCAUCUUCUUCGAUUGGUCGCUUGGAUGACAUGGCUGAAUUGCCUCCUCCCGGCAAUGUUGAUGAACUGAAUGCAAGUUCAUCACUCAUCUCACUGUCAUGUGACCAGUCACAAUCUCACAUUUUUGGUCACAUGAUGUAUCCUUCUACAAGCGUUGCCCAGAAUUUCAAUAAUCCUUCUACUAUUCUCUCCAAUCACUCUCAUUAUACACAGUCGAAUCAAACUCAACACCAGCACCAACAUAACAAACCAGGCACUCGCAGCUAUUCGGGUCCUUUUGGAAUUAGGAGCGGCGGGUUUGGCUGUAGCCGUCAGAUUCCGAUAUUUGACCUUAUGAUUCAACCUUCAAUAUAA